CAUACUGUCAAUAGUAUGGUUUACCACCCACCGUUCCGCGGUCCUGGGGAACGGAAGUCAUACUUUUAUUUUUGCAGUCGGACGAGUUACGAGGGUGCACUGCAAGGCGCUUUAGUGACCGAUGACUGCUGAAUGUGUGCAGUUGUUAUUGGAAAGAUUCGUCACACAUCUUUCGUCACAUCUCAUAUCUACAGCGGUGAAUAUGAUCGUAUAAUCUCAGCAGGUAUUGGGAAGUAGAAGACUUCAGUGCUGAGCUAUUCUAAGACCAUGAAAGAUCAGCCAUGGACCAGAUCACUUUUCAUCACGAUACUGUGCUUUCUGAUGUUCACAUGCUCCUGCCAAACACAUGCCAUCUUAUGACACGCCUCAACUAUGUUGGACAACCUGUCUUCAUCUCCAAAUUCAAGAUCUUGUCAGAUGGUGAAAAGCUUGACAACAAUGACCCAGGGAAAGCAUUGAAGGAUGCGGACGAUUAUGAUGACCCAAAAGAGGGCCGGGAAAAAAACACAGAAGCCACACAAGGAAAAGAUGGAGAGGGUUGUGGAGAAGGAAAUAUGAAACCAUUCCUGGAUGAGGACGGAGACCUUGACAUCACACAUCGACCGAGGAAAAGCCCUAUGGGGGGUAGCAGCCGAGACUUGGUCUGUCCCAUCAUUCUCAAACAGUCCAACCCUGUAUUGCAACAAGAAGAGGAGAAUGUGGAUGAUGAAGUUGAUAAGUGCUUCAAAGGCAUUAUAAGGAUUGAACACACUAUGGCCACACCCCUGGAAGAUGUCGGCAAACAGGUGUGGCGAGGGGCAUUGCUCUUGGCUGAUUUCAUCCUCUCUAAACCAGCCACAUUCAGAGGAACUACAGUCCUAGAGCUGGGUGCAGGAACCGGCUUAACCAGCAUCAUCAUGGCAACCAUAGCCAAAACAGUGUACUGCACAGAUGUGGGAGAAGACCUUCUAAGCAUGUGCAAGAGAAAUGUAUUGUUAAAUAGACAUAUGACAGAGCAUUCAGGUGGUGAGGUGAGAGUGAGACAUCUGGAUUGGCUCCAGCAUGACCUUUGUACAGAUGAUGAUGUGGAAUUUAGCUGGACAGAGGAUGAAGUAGCGGAUAUGCAUAAGAACACCACCUUCAUCAUUGCUGCUGAUGUUUGCUAUGAUGAUGAUCUGACAGAUGGCCUUUUCCGAACACUGUACCAACUCUGCAGUAACUUUACCCACAGCUGCACUGUCUUAAUCUCCAUAGAGAAAAGGAUGAACUUCACCCUGCGACACAUGGAUGUUUCCUGCAAAGCCUAUGACCAUUUCAGACACUGCCUGUCCCAACUCCAAGAUCUGGUGGAUGGACGAUGCAGCUUCAGCGUGGAGCAGCUCCCUUCUAACUUUGCACAGUUUCUUCUGUAUGAACGCAUUGAGCAAUUGGAGCUGUGGAAGGUGAUCAUCACUCCACUUCCAUUUGACCAAGCCCGUCCUGCAGGUGAGAGGUGGAAGAUUGGAAGAUUGGCUGCUAGCUUGUGAAAAGAGCCAUGGAUUGGCUCACACUCUGGCCAAUCAGAGACGGAGUGACCUUUGAAAAGCCUCGCUCUUGUUUUUCUCUCUCUCUCUGACUUUGCUUUGUUGGGCAGGAAGGUUUGUGGUGGGGACUAGGGACUGAGGUAAGACUGGUGUAUCCUCUACAUCUACACACGUAGAAAGAAAUUGUUGUCACACCAGGUUAUGGGUUGUUGCCACUGUUGUACUUUUAUUAUUUUUAGAUGCUUUUUGUAGGCAAGACAGUCAGGCCUUUUGUUUCCUUUUUUCUUUUCACACAUAAGGUUGAGCUAGGCCCUUUAUGAUUGUACUUUGUUUGUUUUAUUGGUAAAAGCCCACAGGUCCCUCUUCCCCCCACAUUGUUCAAACCUACAUUCGUUGUUUACCUUUUCACUGAAGUAUUGUAAAUAAAUCCCAUUUCUUUGACUGUC